UGGGGAUGUGAAGGGGUUGAUAUUUUUGCCGGAUGAUGGGGAGGAUUUGGGGGAUGGGGAUCAGGAGGGGGUUGGGGGGAGAAAGAGAAAGAGAGAGGGGAUAUUGGACAGAGACCGCAGCGGACCCCCACGCCGUCGGAUGAGCAGCUGGCGCCGAUUAUGUGCGCGGGCGUCACGGCGUAUAAAGCGCUGAAGGAUAGUGGUGCGCCGCCUGGGAGUUGGGUUGCGAUUUCUGGCGCAGGUGGAGGCGUCGGGGCGCUGGGGGUGCAGUAUGCGCGGGCGAUGGGGUAUCGGGUGCUAGCGGUGGACGCGGGGGAGGAGAAGAGGAAGCUGUGUAUGCGGCUGGGGGCGGAGGCGUAUGUGGAUGUUGGGACGUACGAGAGCGGGCAGGAGGUGGCGGACGCGGCGAAGAGGGAGACGGAUGGGGAUGGCGUCGAGGCGGCGAUCGUGACGGCGGGGUCGGCGCAGGCGUAUCAGGAUGCGUUCGGCAUGUUGGCGCCGUAUGGCACGCUGGUUUGCGUGGGCAUUCCGCCGCCGUCGGGUCGGGCGGUGCAGUUCCAUCCGUUGAUGUUUAUUGAUCGCGGGAUUCGGGUCAUUGGGUCGAUGGUGGGGUCGAAGGGGGAUAUCUACGAGGCGGUGCGGUUUGUGCAGCGGGGGUUGGUGAAGCCGGAGGUGACGGUCGUGGGGAUGGAGGAGCUGGGGGAGGUCAUGAAGCUGUUGGCGGAGGGGAAGGCGACGACGAAAUACGUGAUUAAGUUGGAUUGAUCAUGCUAGACAUGAUAGAACAGAUGCGGACUGGAUAUCUAUACACUGUCGAAGCCGAAGACCGCAUCACACGGCUUGAUUCUACUCGUGCUGGAUAGCAAAUAGUACCUCAAAACCAGGUCAAAGGCUUACGACCAUUCUUUGAUCAUAUCCGCGCAUUUCUCGCCAAUCG